AUGAGUGGUGGUGUGUCCCCUGAGGUUGCGGCGCAGGCUGCCGCUAGACGAGAGGCCGCAGCUCAGUUGGGUUCAUGGAGGGAUAUGUUAUUAACGUUAUCCAAAGAGUUUCCUCCUGGAAGUGGUUUGAAACCAGUUGAGGAAACAUUAAAAUACUUGCGAGAAGCAGAAGAUAAGGCCGGUGUUGUGAACGCACUGAAGAGUUUGGAGGCGGGGGUAAGUCAUGCAUGUAAUGUUAACGACACCGAUGCGCUGGAGUGGAAGAGUCGGGGGAAUGAUGCAUAUAGUUGCAAGAAAUUGGAAGAAUGCAUCCUCAUGUAUACUCGCGGAAUGAUGUCAGCUAGUGAAGAUGAUACAUUGGCAGCACUUAUUAAUAACCGCAGUGCAGCGUUCAUGGCACAAGGUCGCAUCACAGAGGCACUGGCCGAUGCUCAUGCCGCCUUUACACUUACGCCAUCGUACUGGAAAGCUCUCCAGAGGCGCGGCUCCUGUUUGCAGCGCUUGGGAUUUAUUGAGGAAGGCACGAAGGAUAUGGAGGCGGCUUCCAGAGAGGAGGCAUCAGGUGCGAAUGGAGAGGAGGUUGUGAAGAAAAUUCUUCACGCCGGUAGGAGUGACGGAUGUUGCGAUGGUUCCAGUGGCAAUGUUGUUUGCGGAAACGCUACCGUUGUUUCUGGUUCUGCAAAUAUUUCAUAUGGGACGGGAGUGAGUGGUGUUGUGGCGAAGGGUCCUUUGGAUCCCGGGGAUAUCAUCAGGGAGGUUCCUGUUGCUUACGCAUUGUAUGAUGAUCAUUGGGGGGUGCGGUGUUGCUUUUGCUUAAAGGCUACUCGGCUUCUCUACUCGGGUGCCGCUUACCGCUCGCGUGGCAAGUCGGCUCGGGGUCUUUUCUGCAGUGAAGUUUGCGCCGCCACAAGUUGGGAGCGUGAUGGGCAAUACGAAACCACUAACGCCUUCUUUCAUUUGUGUCCCGUCGAUGCGUUGGUGGCGUGCCGAAUGCUGCGAUCGGAGCAGGUAUUGCGUGGUGAGGAGCUUCCCCUUCGCAGCAACUUUACAGGUGAGUUGUAUCCCGCAGCAGUUAUUGGGGGUUAUGAGACAGCAGUGAGUUUAUUAGCUCUGGUGCUUGGUGCCGCGGAUGCGGAUGGUGCGGAUCGCUUACGAUUAGCCCAACGUCAAGUUACGCUCUCUGCGUUCGAGCUGAAGUUUCAUACCGGUACGCAGAUCAACAUUAACACGGAGACACGCGAGGCUCUUAUCGAUGAGUCACGCACCAUACCAGUGGGAAAGGCGGUGUACGUUACUGCAGCGCGCUUCCGUCACUCAUGUCAACCAAACUGUUUUGCAUCAUUUGUGGGAAACCCUCUUGGAUGUUCUUUGCAACUCUGUAUCCGUGCCAUACGUUCUGUUCAGGCAGGGGAGGAACUCACCAUUGCUUAUCACAACAUGACAAAGUAUAAAGCUGUAAGUGCCCACACUCGCCGCCGCUCGCUGGUUGAGCGGUGUGGCUUCUUGUGCGAGUGUAGCGCCUGCCGUGAUGACAAGGAUGAAAGCGUCACGUCUGAGAAAAAGGCGUAUUACAUUCAGGCGAGUGAUUUGUACCAAAAAGGAUGUCGUUUGAUACGUGAGGGUCAGUUUGAGACCGCGGUAAAUGUCCUUUCGCAGAGUUAUGCCCUCACAAUGGAGCAUUUGUGCCCACCGCCGAGGCCACCUCAAACUAUGGUUCCAAAAGUCCACAUGGCCCUCGCAAAGGCUUUCAACCGGUUAAGAGAUGAUGGGAAAUGUGUGGAGCACCUCGUAAAGAAGGUGGAGUUGGAUAAUACGCUUUAUGGGACGGAUCAUGUAGAAAUGGCCGAUGAUUUUAUUCGCCUUGCAUUUUUUGAAGCCACGGAGGAAAAGAGGAGGAAGUCGGCAGAGCGGGCUGUAGAGCUGUUGCGCCGCUUCUAUGCACAGUCAAGGGAGCUUGAUGAACAAACUCGGCGCAUAGAGAGUUUUGUGACUCGCUCAUCUCCAUGCCAGAGGGCGUUGUGA